GCACAGCCUGGUAGAGAUAGCUGUAGCAAAAGCAAGUCAUAGCCAGCAUUAGGCACCCUGUCAUGGAGCUACCAUCCGAUCAAGCCACCCUCCAAGGACCACCAAGCAAACGUCGCCGCGUGGCUCAGGCAUGCGAUAUAUGUCGCACGCGAAAGUCCAGGUGUGAUGGUGUUCGGCCUCAGUGUGGCAUGUGCAAAGAUCUAGGGUUUGAAUGUAUCUAUACGCCGCCAGUCACAGCCACCAAUGUGAUCGUGCAAAAGGACUACCUCCAAAAUCUGGAAUCGCGGAUGAAGUCACUCGAGGAUAACCUCAACACUAUGCGUUCAGACAUGACGCGGCUGGCGGCGCACAUGAGCAGCAAAAGCCCACCCAGCGACGGUCAACCGGAGCCCUGUCAUCAACCACUGGCCGAUCUGGCAGGACCAGAGGAUCCCACUGACGCCAUGGGCGCGGUGACCUUCGCGGAUGAGGAAGAGUGCGGGUAUUUUGGCCCGUCAUCGAACAUCGCCUUUCUGCGGCACCUAUCCCGUGCAGUGUCGCACAGUGAACGCAAUCAACAGGAAAUCAACUCUCCCCGGAUGGAUAAAAUUGCCUAUGAUGGCGGUUUCGUCAGCGCCACUCGGCCUCCAUCGCCGGUAUCCGGCCGCACGCCCACGGCUGUGCAUGCUGGGCUCGCGACGGAUCCUCUCUUGCCGUCAUCAGAAGAGACAUUGCAACUGAUUCGCCGGUAUUUUUACGAUACGGGUUUGCUGUUCCCUUACAUCCACCCCCCGACCUUCUUUGAGACAUAUCACCAAUUUAAAAACAAUUCUAAAAAAGUCCGCCGAACCUGGCUAGGCUUGCUGAACAUCAUGCUAGCCAUGGCGAAAGUUACUGCCAUAUCCACCCAUGCCCCAGCUGAAAUGCGAAUCAAAGAGUCCGCCCGAUACUAUCGGCAGGCUCUUAAUCUGUGCCGGGGCGAGAUUCUACGAGGGACAACUUUGGAGGUCGUGCAGUAUCUCCUACUCAUGGGCCAGUAUCUCCAGGGGACGCAGAAAUCCGUCCAGGCGUGGACCGUGCACGGACUCGCCGUCAAGGCCGCGCUGCAGCUAGGGUUACAUUCGAAAGAUGCCUCCCAGGCGUUUCCGCCUCUCGAGCGCGAGAUACGAAAAAGAACGUGGUUUGCCUGUGUGGUACUGGAUCGAACUUUGAGUAUGACCUUUGGACGACCGCCUGCGAUCCCUGACAAUUAUGUUCAGCUGGACCUCCCCGUCGUCCCAAGCAUCACCGAGGGUCAACCAGUCGUCGAUGACGAGAUUAUUCAUCAGAGCAUCCAUUUUUUUAAUCAUACCAUAACCUUGUAUAAGCAAAUGGGCAACAUCAUUGACCGGAUUUACGGUCAGAAUUUGGGCUGUCAACCUAGCCUGUCAGUUGGUGAGACAAUGGGCCGAGUGCUGUCGAUCGAGAACCAGCUAUUCUCGUGGGUUAUGGCGCUUCCGGAGAACCUUCGUCAAUUAUCGCUGCAGGACUUACGCGAGGGAGUUGAGCAAUCGGCAUCCCAGCCGCGGCUGUUUCCCCUAAAGUUUCGGGUAGUUCUCACAUUGCGAUAUCUCCACGUCCAGAUCUUGCUGCAUCGGCCCAUCCUAGUCAAACUUCUUGACGCUAGCCACGCGUCCGGUCUGGAGCCCGGCGAAGAGCGGAUUUUGAAUGAAAUCGGCUAUAGUAGCAUGAAGAAGUGCGUCGAAUCGGCCAUGGGUAUUAUCGACAUGAUCCACGAGCUAGUCUGUGCGACAGGGUGGCAGCGCGACCUUCUUGGGGCGUGGUGGUAUUCCCUUUAUUACACCUUCAAUGCGGCAUUAGUCAUUAUCGGGGCCACCUGGGUACAGCGCGCAAGGCAGUCGGUUCGAGAUUUCCCGUCACAUCAGGUUGCCAACAUCGAGCUCUAUCCUGGUCGCGCCGUCGCAACUCUGCGUCAACUGGAUAUGGGCAAUCGGAUGGUGGAACGCUGCAGGUACUACCUUGAGCAGCUGAUAUCUAUUCUCCAAUUACAGCAGGAGGAUUCAACUGAUACGGCCCCGAUUGAGCUCGGCCUGGCCGCCAUGGGCAGCUCCAUCACGGACGGUAACCUUCCAUCGUUUGGCAUUGAAUGUGGAGAAUUCAUGUUGGAUGACUUGUUUAUAAAUAUCGCACAGGGACCGGCAUUGGAACGUUGGUAGGCUGCGCCAUCAUCGACCGCAUCUCAGUCUUGUUCAUAAGCGGGGAAGGAAGGCUUGAGAGCUUGGUAUCUUUACUCCCAGAUGACCUCCUCUUUUCCUAUACCAAUGACCCCCACACUCUCUCUCUUCAG